CAGUGCGGAUGGAGGGUUGACGCGUCAGAGGCACGUGACGUCACCGCUGCUCCGCUUCCUUCUUCCGGGAUUGAGAGUCUCCAAACAUCCUCCGCCGAGAGAAAUAAUGUCUCAUCAAACGGGUAUUCAGGCGGCUGAAGAGGUCAAGGAUGUUUUUGGCAACGCCAGGAACGGACAGUACAGACUCCUGAAGAUCGUGAUUGAAAAUGAGGAGCUGGUUUUAGGCCUCACCAAAGCGGCGGCUGGCGGCUGGGAGGAAGACUACGACCGCCUUCUACUUCCUGUGCUGGAUAAAGAGCUGCCCUGCUACAUCCUGUUCCGCCUCGACUCCACCAACAGUCUGGGACACGAGUGGAUCUUCAUCGCCUGGUCACCUGACCACUCGCCCGUGCGGCACAAAAUGCUGUACGCCGCCACCAGAGCCACGCUGAAGAAGGAGUUCGGCCUCGGACACAUUAAAGAUGAGAUAUUCGGCACUGUAAAGGAUGAUGUUUCUCUCAGCGGAUACAAGAAACACGUCACGGCUCAGUCGGCCCCUCUGCCACUGACGGCAGCCGAGGAGGAGCUACGACAGAUUAAACUUAGUGAGGUCCAUACAGAUAUUCAUGUGAACACUACUAAGCAGACUCUUCAGGGUGUGGCGUUCCCUCUGGACGGAGAGGCCGUAACUGCGUUACAACAGUUCAAGGACAAAAAACUCAACUAUGUUCAGCUGAUCAUCAAUUUUGAGAAGGAGUUGAUCAUGUUGUCGAACACGGACGCCACUGAGGUGAAAGAUUUACCCAAGAGGAUCCCCAAAGAUGCGGCACGGUAUCACUUCUUCCGCUUCAAACACUCACACGAGGGCGACUACCUGGAGUCUGCAGUGUUCAUUUACUCCAUGCCGGGAUACAGCUGUGGGAUCCGUGAGCGGAUGCUGUACUCCAGCUGUAAGAAUCCACUGCUGGAGAUGGUGGAGAACAAACUCCAGAUGGAGGUGGAGAAGAAGUUGGAGAUCGAUAAUGGUGAUGAGCUGACGGCUGAUUUCCUGUACGACGAGGUUCAUCCCAAGCAGCACGCGCACAAGCAGGCCUUCGCCAAACCGCGUGGGCCGCCCGGCAGGAGAGGCGACCGCAGGAUCACGCGAGGACGCGGAGACGGCGAGGACGCCGACGAUUAACCCAACAUCAGCAGAAACCCAAGAGGCCACGUCUGUAGGACACAAAGCUGUCGAGCGUUUACUUUCCGUGAUUUCCUGCAGAAAGCGAUGCGGUGAACUAUGCACGAAAACACAAAUGCCUCUGUGGGCCGUUUUUGAGGUGUGCUUCGAUUUAAGAGCGAGUUUCAUAUUAAAACGAACAAAUAGAAUUAUUUUAACAUGAUAAAUGAAAUUCAGAAAGGCUUUUGUGAUUUUAAACUGUGCCAAACUCACAACUGCAGUUACUGCUGAAGCAUGAAACGAAAAGACGUCCCCGUUCCUGAACAUUCGCCAUUCCUUUAAUUGAGUCUUACUUUGUUACAUUGUUUUAUUUUUCUAUUUUUCAUAUGUUAAUCACAGUUCACAUCUGAUGAAUCGAACACUGGUUCCCACAUGUCCUUUUUUUACGCCAUUUUUUGAUAUGAUUGUGUUUUGGAUGCUCAUUUUUCUAUGCAAAUGCUGUUUAGUUUGAACAUGUUUUUGUAUUUUGUAUUUCCCAAACGUCUCCAUUCCAUUACGAUGAAGCCACAUCAGGACACACGGCCAAUUAUUACGUUCACAGUAUCUAAAAAGGGAAGACGGGAGUGAAUUCACUGCUAGGUCAACUAACACAGGUCAUGUUGAGUAUCUACUGUCAUUUGGCAAACCACUGUUUAACGUCCGUACUGUGACGCAGCCGCUCUUACGUUUCACAUGUAGCCUGUCUGUGUUCAGACGCCUGAAAUACUUGUUUUUUAGAGAAAAAAUAAAGUAUUUAAAUCAUUGAA